AGCUUGGAUGGGAUAUCUCUGAAUUACUACAUUAUGCAGAAGAACUAAGACAGGUUGUGUAGAACAGUACAACAAAUCAAAAUUAUACAAAAUAUCUUACAGCAACAAUGAAAUGAGAAAUAAUUCACUGGCCCCUUGACUGGCAUGAGUGAGGCCACUCUACAUAAAAUACAUGGAAAUAAGAAUGAAUUAACUGAUCUGGGAAAGGCAUGACAAGAGAAGACUGAACAGGGAAUAAUUUAAGCAACAAUGUUGAUCACAGUUACAAUCCGGAGACACUGGUGACCUUUACCAUGCAGCAGCCACCAAGUGUGGAAACCCCCUCGACGACUCAGACAAGCACACUCAUUCUGGCAGAGAGAAGGAAAGAAGAAGACAUGUAGUAACUCUAUUGACCCCUCAUUACAUCAGAAAUGACCAGAGAAAGGACAACAGCACUGGAUCAAUAUAAUCGAGCAUUCCUGGAGUGACUCUCAUGAUCUCUGAAGAAAUUACGCAUUAACUGUAAGCUUUACUGGAGAAGACUCCAAAUUCUACUUUUGUGUUUUGGGGGCAUUGCCAUGUGUCAACACUUCACGUGAAAAAAAUGCUUUGAUCCAGUCUGGCAACUACACAAAAAACACUUUAUACAGAAGAGGAAAUACUUCUGGGAGUACUCUGUUUUUAUUUGUCUAAAAACAAUUUAUGAAGUGAAGUUCAGACAUUAGAACACAUCUCAAAAUGGAGGACCACCUGACCAAAAUCAACAUGUUUUCUUCUGAAAAGUCUAAUGACUUCACAGAUGGAACUGAAGCAGAAAAAAGUUCAUUCCCAGGUAAAGCACUUGGCCAUGGCCUGCUUUGUAAAGUGUGUUCUGAUUCAAGCAGUGGUAAACACUAUGGGAUCUAUGCCUGCAAUGGCUGCAGUGGCUUCUUCAAGCGCAGUGUGAGACGAAGACUCAUCUAUAGGUGUCAGGCUGGAACUGGCAGGUGCCCUGUUGACAAGGCUCAUCGGAACCAAUGCCAGGCAUGUCGACUAAAGAAGUGUCUUCAAGCUGGCAUGAACAAAGAUGCUGUGCAGAAUGAGCGACAGCCUCGAAGCACAGCACAUGUCAGUCUAGACUCUAUAUGUGUGGACAAUAAAAAGGAGCAUCUAGCCACCACACUGGAGCUCACCUCCUCUGCCACCUACUCAUCAGUCAUCUGUAGACCUCUGGUCGCUUCCUCUGUCACCACCUCUGCCACCAUACAGCCCUGCAGCAACCCCAAUAACAACCACCGCUUUAUGGUCAGCCUGCUGACUGCAGAGACCGGUGCAAAGUUGGAGCCUGAGGAUGUGGAGGAGAAUAUUGAUGUGACAACCACUGAUUCAGAGAGAGAUCGGACUCCCUCUGACUGUCAUAUGUCCCCAUACACCUCCAGCUGUUCAGAGAGUAUAUAUGAGACAUCGGCACGGCUCCUCUUCAUGUCUGUCAAGUGGGCAAAAAAUUUGCCUGUUUUUGCUCACUUGCCAUUUCGAGACCAGGUGAUUCUCCUUGAAGAAGCUUGGAGUGAGAUGUUCCUCUUGUGUGCCAUCCAGUGGUCCCUGCCCAUGGACAGCUGUCCUCUUCUCUCUCUGCCAGAUCUUUCUCCCACACAGCAGGCCAAGAUCAGUCUUCCCACAGCUGACCUGCAAGUCCUGGAAGAGGUCUUUAAUCGCUUCAAGGCCCUGGCUGUUGACCCUACUGAGUUUGCCUGCCUGAAAGCCAUUGUACUGUUCAAGCCAGAGACACGCAGCCUCAAAGACCCAGAGCAGGUGGAGAAUCUGCAGGACCAGUCACAAGUGUUGCUAAGUCAGCACAACCAUUCAGUAUACCCCAGCCAAAGUGCCAGGUUUGGGAGACUGUUACUUCUGCUGCCAUCCCUCCACUUUGUGAGCUCUGAGAAAAUAGAGCAGCUGUUCUUUCACAAGACCAUUGGUAACACACCCAUGGAAAAGCUGCUGUGUGACAUGUUCAAAAACUAAAUAAGCAUCGAUGGAAGCUGAAUGACACCUGCUAGGAAAACACAAUAAACCAGCCCUCAAGCAAAAUUUUCUGGUUGUAUAUUUCACAUAUUCUGUUUAUGACUUCUUUCAAAUUCAACAUAAUAGCCCUUUUUCACUGAAGACAUUUUGACAUGUCACCAUAUGAAAAGCACAGGUGUAAAUAAUAAAAUGAAUGUUGGCUGAAUUCCAUUUAGCUGCUUCAGUUUCAGGGUCCUGGUAUUGUGCAAGCUGACUCACUGUCACACUGUCAUGGCUAGAAUACUACAGAGCCUUCGUUAAUGCUAUUAUUACCACCCUUGUUUUUCUUCUAAGUCAAAAUGUCUGUUGUAACACCCAUUAACAUUCAUGGCAUUCUAAUUAAAUAAGCAGACAGUGACUCAGUGAUUAUUGCACAAUUUCUUUGUAAAUAUUAAACAUUUUUUUAGAAACAACCACUGGCAUACCGAAUUAUUUUGUGUUGAUCUUAGUUGCAAGGAAAAGCAUUUUUAUUUCAGUAUAUGAAAAUGAAGAUGUGGGUUUUGAAUAUAAGUAUUUGUCUUAAAUAAAUAUGGAAAUUUUGUAUUUGCUGUAUUA